AUGGACGAGAUUUUGCAAUUAGCUGCUCUGGGCCGUCAUGUCCAGAUUGGAAUGUUGUAUGACAGCCGGUCAGACACUCUGAUUCCAGAUGUCACCUUGUGGAACUCACAGACAAUCUUAGAGAAUACUGUCUCUCAAAAUCAGCCCAGCACUGAGACAGAAAUCAUCACAUUAGACUCCAUGGAGAAGAAAGCCAAUGCACUCAACGUGUCAGAAUCAUUGAAAGCAAGUCUCCUGGGUGGAUUGGUGGAGUUGAAAGGAUCUUCAAAAUACUUCAAUGACACAAAAGUAUCAAAGCAACAGGCACGAGUUACCCUACAGUACAAAACAACGAAUAAGCUUGAACAACUAAUGAUGACUCAUUUAGGGAGGCAGGAUGUUAUAUACCCGAGUGUAUUUGAAGAAGGAACAGCAACCCAUGUCAUUACAUCAGUGUUAUAUGGGGCCCAAGCCUUCUUUGUAUUUGAUCGAAUGGUUUCUUCAGGAGAGAAUUUGCAAGAGAUUCAGCUCAACAUGGAAGUGACAAUCGAGCAUUUCCAAAGAACUCAUGGUGAGCCCUCUCUCAGAAUGACAGAAGAACAAAAAUGUAAUGCCAAUAAACUUAGCUGCACAUUUUACGGAGACUUCCCAUUGCAGAACAAUCCCACCUCAUUCCAAGAUUUCAUCAAUAUCUACACAACCCUCCCAAUCUUACUCGGAAAAGCUGCAGAGCAUUCAGUUCCUAUGACAAUCUGGCUCUAUCCGCUCAAAAAACUCGACCCCAAAGCUGCUCAGUUAGUGAAACUGUUAAGCGUUGGAUUGGGACAGAAUCCUGCAGUAUCAAAAUAUGUGCCUUGA